AGAAUCGAGGUUUGGCUCGGGCGGGGACGCCAAGCAAGUGAGGCGCGGGGACGGCGCGCGGCGCGGGCGGGCGAGAGAGGCCUUUGUCUCCUCCUCCUCCUCCCGCGCGCUCGGUGGUGCCACUCGGGUCCCCAUGAGCCCGCUUCCCCCCGGCGCCCGGGCGUCCCGCAGCCCCUGACCUGCUCUGUCCUCGCCAUGGCCGAGGCGGCCUCGGGCGCCGGGGGCACGACCCUGGAGGGGGAGCGGGGGAAGAGGCCCCCGCCCGAGGGCGAGCCUGCGGCGCCUGCGUCUGGAGUCCUGGAUAAACUGUUCGGGAAGAGGCUCCUGCAGGCCGGCCGCUACCUGGUGUCCCACAAGGCGUGGAUGAAGACGGUGCCCACCGAGGACUGUGACGUGCUCAUGACCUUCCCAGACACCACUGAUGACCACACGCUGCUGUGGCUGCUGAAUCACAUCCGAGUGGGCAUUCCCGAGCUGAUCGUGCAAGUUCGCCACCACCGCCACACGCGUGCCUAUGCCUUCUUCGUCACAGCCACCUAUGAGAGCCUGCUCCGAGGGGCCGACGAGCUGGGUCUGCGGAAGGCAGUGAAGGCCGAGUUUGGCGGGGGCACCCGCAGCUUCUCCUGCGAAGAGGACUUCAUCUACGAGAACGUGGAGAGCGAGCUGCGCUUCUUUACCUCGCAGGAGCGGCAGAGCAUCAUCCGCUUCUGGCUGCAGAACCUACGGGCCAAGCAGGGGGAGGCGCUGCACAACGUGCGCUUCUUGGAGGACCAGCCAAUCAUCCCGGAGCUGGCUGCCCGAGGCAUCAUACAGCAGGUGUUUCCGGUCCACGAGCAGCGCAUUCUGAAUCGUCUCAUGAAGUCCUGGGUGCAGGCCGUGUGUGAAAACCAGCCUUUAGAUGACAUCUGUGACUACUUUGGGGUGAAGAUCGCCAUGUAUUUUGCCUGGCUGGGCUUCUACACGUCGGCAAUGGUUUACCCCGCCGUCUUCGGCUCUGUUCUGUACACAUUCACCGAGGCGGACCAGACAAGCCGGGAUGUCUCCUGUGUUGUCUUUGCUCUCUUCAACGUGAUCUGGUCAACACUGUUCUUGGAGGAGUGGAAACGGAGAGGCACAGAGCUCGCUUACAAGUGGGGGACGCUGGACUCCCCCGGGGAAGCUGUGGAGGAGCCACGACCCCAGUUCAGGGGCAUCCGUCGCAUCAGCCCCAUCACUCAGGCUGAGGAGUUCUACUACCCGCCCUGGAAGCGAUUGCUCUUCCAGCUGCUCGUCAGCCUGCCUCUGUGCCUGGCCUGUCUCGUCUGCGUCUUCGUGCUGAUGCUCGGCUGCUUCCAGCUGCAGGAGCUGGUCCUGAGCGUCAAGGGUCUGCCCCGCCUGGUUCGAUUUCUGCCCAAGGUCAUGCUGGCCCUGCUGGUCAGCGUGAGCGCCGAGGGCUAUAAGAAGUUAGCCGUGUGGCUCAACGACAUGGAGAAUUACCGGCUAGAGAGCGCUUACGAGAGGCACCUCAUCAUCAAAGUCGUCCUGUUCCAGUUUGUCAACUCCUACUUGAGUCUGUUCUACAUCGGCUUCUACCUCAAAGACAUGGAGCGCCUGAAAGAGCUCCUGCUACUCCUGUCCCUGACCCAGAGCCUCGAGCGGCAGCUGCGGGCGGCGCUGGUCCCGCUCGUGGCCCUGCGGUUGCGCCUGCUCCUCCUGUCCCUCCGGGGUUUCCUGCUCGCGGCCCGGGCCAAAAUGCUGGCCACGCUCCUCAUCACCCGGCAGCUGCUGCAGAACGUGCGCGAAGUGCUGCAGCCGCACCUGUACCGCAGGCUGGGCAGCGGGGAGCUGGGGCUGCGCGCCAUCGGGGAACUGGCUCGGGCCCUGCUAGGCCUGCUCAACCCCCUGCGCCCGGACCUCCGACGGCACCUGGAGGCCCAGGCUGAUGAGGGAGGAGCGGGGAGCCACAGGUGCCUGGGCGGAGGCUGCGGGGCGCCCGAGGAAGAGGAAGAGACGGUGGUGGUGGAGCGGAGGCCCGCAGGGGAAGGCGGAGAGGUCCCAGAUGGGAGUCGGGGUGGCAAGGAGGAGGAGGACGAGGACGAGGACGAUGAGGACGAUGAGGACGACGAGGACGAGGGCGAGGAAGGCGGCCUCCUGGACUGCGGGCUGCGCCUUAAGAAGGUCAGCUUUGCCGAGCGGGGCGCAGGGAGGCGCAGGCCAGGCCCGGGCCCCGACGGCCUCCUGGAGGAGGGGAGCCCCACCAUGGUGGAGAAGGGGCUGGAGCCUGGCGUGUUUACGCUGGCUGAGGAAGACGACGAGCCGGAGGGACCUCCCGGCAGCCCCGGGCCAGAGCCCCCGACGGUCUUACUCCGUCGCGCGGGCGGUGAGGGCCGAGACCAGGGUCCUGAUGGAGGUCGAGACCCGGAGCCCGGCUCCGGCGACACGGCUGGGAGACAGAGGCACAGCAGGUCCUCCUGGAUCGACCCACCCGAGGAGGAGCAUUCGCCGCAGCUCACGCAGGCGGAGCUGGAGAGCUGCAUGAAGAAGUACGAGGACACGUUCCAGGACUACCAGGAGAUGUUUGUGCAGUUUGGCUACGUGGUUCUCUUCUCCUCUGCCUUCCCGCUGGCCGCCCUGUGUGCCCUAGUCAACAACCUGAUUGAGAUCCGAAGUGACGCCUUCAAGCUAUGCACCGGCCUACAGCGGCCCUUUGGACAGCGUGUGGAAAGCAUUGGCCAGUGGCAGAAGGUCAUGGAGGCGAUGGGCGUGCUGGCCAUCGUGGUGAACUGCUACCUCAUCGGCCAGUGCGGCCAGCUGCAGCGCCUCUUCCCCUGGCUGAGCCCAGAGGCGGCCAUCGUGUCUGUGGUGGUGCUAGAGCACUUGGCUUUGCUAGUCAAGUACCUCAUCCAUGCGGCCAUCCCUGACAUCCCGGGCUGGGUGGCCGAGGAGAUGGCCAAACUGGAGUACCAGCGACGGGAAGCCUUCAAGCGGCACGAGCGGCAGGCGCAGCAGCGCUUCCAGCAGCAGCAGCGGCGACGCCCGCCACUAGCCCCGCCACGCCCCUGCCGUCCCCUCGACCAGGAUGGGGGCCACGCGCGGAACCCCACAAAACGUGACCCCAAGGACCCCUGGGCAGGGAGGUGUGGCAGCCCCACGCCAGCCACUCGGGUCCCAGUGGCUCCAGCCGAGGUGUGGACCAAAGACGCCAGGUGGAGUAGGAAAGAUCCUUUUAUUGGGGUGGACGCGGAGCACGGGCUAGUCCAUGAUAAAAUGACUUAG